AUGAAGGACCUCCUCCUCUCCCACCCUCCUGCACACACACACCCCGUAACGGUAAAGGGAGCAGAGGCGUGGGAGUUGGAGUUGGGUGAGACUGUUAAGCAUGCUGGGUCUGCUGCUGCUGAUCCCCGUGGGGUUGUUAGGUCGGGCAGGGGGAGGAACUUGGUUCGUGUGAGGGUUGGUGGUGGUGGUGAGGGGGGUCAAUCUGUUGGGGAGAAAACUGGAGAAGAAGGGAAAGGGAAAGGGACCGCGAAAGACGAAGAAGAGAAACCAAACGCGAAUGAGGGGGAUAAGGAAAAGAAAAUGGAAGACGUGGGAGACCUAGAGGAGAGGAAACCGGAUUUAUGGAGCGUUUUUGAUCUUGAGCCGCCUCGAGGAGCGUUAGUGGGGUCUGGAGAUAUGGAUGAUCCUUCAGCUCUGGGCGCGCACUCCCACCCAACAGAACAAGACGUCCUAAAGCCGUUAGAGCACGACCUCACUGCCCUCUGCACAACACGCCAAGAAGACCAACAUGAGCUCGCGUCUGGAGAUGCUUCAGCUCUGGGUUUGGGCCCACCCUCCACCCUGGACUCGCACAUCCCCACAACAGAACACGACCUCCUCACAACCCGCCAAGAAGCGCUAGACCAACGUGAGCUUGCCCUGGCAGCUAGACAGGAGAGGAUUGAGGGGAUGGAGGAGAGGGUUGGGGAGGUGCAGAGGGGUGUUGGGUAUCGUGAGGAGGCUGUUGAGCGACAUGAGGAGGCGGUUGAGAGGAUGGAGGAGGCGGUUGGGAAGAGGGAGGAGGCGGUUGAAAGGAGGGAGAAAGAGGUGGAGGGGAGGGAGCGAGAGCUACAAGGGAGGGAAGAGAAGGUCGCGGAAUUGGAGCAAGCUAUUGAUGAGCGAGGACGGGCGCUCGAUCAGAGAGGAUCCGAGCUUGAACAACGUUCUAAGCGGGUUCAAGAGUUCGAGGAAACACGUUCUCCUCAAGUUGGUGCUCCCAACGCGUUGACUUUAUCGAAUUCAUGGCCCAUCACUCUUCUUCGGUCUGUGGUCUUUCGUGUAUUAGGCGACAAGACACCUUUCCUCUUUGCUUCUUCUAUCCCAAGUUCUUCUCCUUCCUCCUCCAACCCGAAUUCAAGCUCAUCCACUACCACCACCACCCCUCAGAGAAGACCCCGACGCGACUGGGAAGCCCGGCGCGAUCUAUACCUAUCGACAGGCGGACGGGCGAGUUACCUCGUUCUCGUGGGCAUUGGCGUGUGUGCCGUUGUGUUGAAGGUGCUUGUGAGGAGGUUGACUGGGUUUGGGAUUUGGAGUUGGUUGAGGAGGAGGGGGAGGAGGUAGCGUUGACUUUGAGGGCGGGAGACGCUUUGCGGUUCUAUGACUUUGAUGACACUUACGACUUUUUUCACGAUCUCUUUUUGACUGAUGCUGACGAGGAAAUGAAUAAAUGAGUGGGUGUAUAUACAAGCGUUUUGGGUUUUGUUCGUGUAUAUCUCUUACUUAUACUUACCUUAUGUAUCGUUCGAAUCUUUGAACAGCGCUGAUUGUUUGAAAACUC